AUGAAUCCAACUGAUAAACCUACUAAUCUUGUAGCAUCAUUAGUAUCAUCAUUACAAAAAGAUGAAACAUUAGAAAGAACCAAAACUGAAGUCGAAAAAACAGGUAUUACAAUAAGAGAAUUAUUAGAUGAAGUAUUAGGAUUGUUUUUUGCUGGUUAUGAUACAACAGCCACAAUCCUAGCCUGGUUUAUGUAUUAUGCAAGUAAAAAUCCUGAUGUUCAACAAAAAAUAAAAGAAGAACUGAAACAACAUAAUAUUACAAAAGAAACAUUACUUAAUGACUUAAAUCUACUCGAUCAAUGUAAAUAUAUUGAUUGUGUCAUCAAAGAAACAUUGAGAAUAGCACCAAUUGGUAUCGGAUCGUUACGAACAGUUACCGACAAUGUUACUAUUGAUGGAGUCAAGAUUUUUAAAGAAGAAACAGUUGUAUCGGCAUUCACUUUAAUGUAA